AUGACGGCAGAGACAGCUUGUUCUGUGGUGCAGCCCUCCGAUAUUGCAGCUCCCUUCUUAGAGGAAAUCAAAAACAAACUCGCUGCUGGCUCCGAAAAGCCUUUGCUCGUGGCUUUCCUUGCUAACGAUGAUCCUGCUGCAAAGAGAUACGCGGAAUGGACUGGGCGUACCUGCAGACAGGCUAACGUCGACUUUGAACUACGUCAAGUUCAAAGAACUCAACUUGAAGACGCCAUCUUGGAAGCAAACAGGGAUCCCAAAGUCAAUGGAAUGAUGUGCUACUACCCUGUCUUUGGAGGAACUCAAGAUCAAUACCUGCAAAAUAUUGUCGACAUCAACAAGGACGUCGAGGGCUUAUCUCACCAAUGUCGAGUCAACAUGUACCACAAUGUCCGUUUUCUGGACACUGAACAAAAGCAAAAGUGCAUUCUACCUUGCACUCCUCUGGCUGUCAUCAAAAUCAUGGAGCAUAUCGGUGCCUACAACAAAAUAUUACCAUAUGGCAAUCGACUCUAUGGCAGAACAAUCACAGUCAUAAAUCGAUCUGAAGUCGUUGGUCGUCCAUUAGCAGCAUUACUAGCUAAUGAUGGUGCCAAAGUCUAUUCAGCAGACGAGUUUGGAAUAUUGGAAUUCCAUCGUGGUGAAGGAAUCAGGCUCACAAAACACGAGGUGUUUGAAACAAAAGCUACCAUCGAACAAGCACUGGCUGCAUCAGAUGUAGUCAUCACGGGUGUCCCAACAGACAAGUACAGAGUGGAUACUGCCAAACUAAAGGACGGUGUGAUUGCCAUCAACUUUUCCUCAUCAAAGAACUUCAACGAUGACAUCGUUUCCAAGGCUUCUAUAUACGUAUCAUCAGUUGGUAAAGUCACAGUGUCGAUGCUCCUUCGCAACUUGCUAAGGUUGGCUGAAAAUCAAGCUAUAGCUCGUGAUGAGGAACAUCACUUUAUAUCAUGA